ACGAGUGUGAAGGGCUUUCAUUUGGAUCGACGAAGCCGCCGCCACAACCUCUCGACCGCCACCAUCCCUCCGGUGAAGAACGACCUCGCCAGCGAUCACAACCACAGCUCGCCGCCGGCCCCAUGGCUCCUCGACCUCAUCGCUUACCAGGGAAGGUGCCACAAGGAGCGUUCUGGUUUUGAAGGUCCUUGGACUGCAAACCCGCUUAUCUUUGACAACUCCUACUUCACUGAGCUCCUGAGCGGAGAGAAAGAAGGCCUUCUUCAGCUUCCUUCUGACAAGGCACUUCUCACUGACCCUGUUUUCCGUCCCUUGGUGGAUAAAUAUGCAGUGGAUGAGGAUGCCUUCUUCACAGACUAUGCCGAAGCUCACUUGAAGUUAUCUGAGCUUGGAUUUGCUAAGGCUUGAGGUAGCACUUAUCUUUCCAUUUGAAGCGCAGGUGGCAUUCUGGAGACCAACAUAGUAAUGAAAGAAACAUCUCUGUAAUAAGAUAUCUAUCAUUUUUCUUCUUUCACAGUGAGCAUAUGCUCUGAUCUUAUUUGUGCUGUUAAAGCUUGUUUCUAGAACAUUUCGCCCCAUCAAUUGAUGCCACAAGAGAGCACUGUAUUAUGAAAGAAAUGAAUUAUUGAUGUAUAUA